AUGGUCUUGGAAAGUUUCGGGCUCGAGAAAUAUGUAGAGAAGCAUUUAAACUCGGCGAAGAAUCGCUUUCAAUUAUUCAAAUACAAAGGACUUGACGAUAAUACAGACGAGUAUAUAGGUAUUGACUCUCAUAUCGAUAGACAUUUCCUCACCAUACUUUGCCAAAAUGACGUAGUAGAUGGCUUGGAGAUAAAAACUAAAGACGGUGAAGAUUGGAUCAAAGCUAAGCCAUCUCAAGACUCCUCUUUCCUUGUUUUGGUUGGAGCUUCUCUUCAUGUACUGUUGAAUGGUAUGGUACAUCCUCCGCUUCACCAUGUGGUUAUAACCGGGGAAAAAGAUCGGUAUGUGGCUGGACUGUUCUUGCGUCCUAUAGAAGGACUUAUCAUAAAUGCGCCCGAGGAGAUUGUCGAUGAUGAACAUCCCCGUCUCUAUAAGCCUUUUAAUUUUGAGGAUUACUUUACGUUUGCCUGCGUAGACACCACGAAGAGAGAUCUGUCUGCUCUCAAGGCUUACUGUACCCUCUAA